GCAGGAAGCGCUAGGCCCCGCUUAUCAGCUAGGUACCGACACACGUGUAAGACGCGUAGAAUGCCUCGUCCCUAAAAAAGGAAGACUCCGUUUAUAAACCCGUCUGGAGCAACGGAAGCAUGUUCGGCUCUUCGAGAUCUGGAGGAGUUAGAGGAGGCCAGGACCAAUUCAACUGGGACGAUGUGAAAACCGACAAGCACAGGGAGAACUAUUUGGGGAACUCCCUCAUGGCACCCGUGGGGCGCUGGCAGAAAGGCAAGGACCUGACAUGGUACGCGCGAGACAAGGCGGGCGAGGCACCUCUGUCCCGAGAGGAGGAGCUGUCUGCGGUCCGCGAGGCAGAGCGCGAGGCGAUGUUGGCAGCUCUGGGUCAUAAAACUAUCCAGAAACGUCCGGCUGGUCUUACUAAGGAGGACCUGGUGGAUGUGUGUAGGAGAGAGGGGGAGGACCGCGGCGUGGACAGAUUAUCCGGCCUCGGGAGCUCCAGUGCUGGCACCCGAAGGAUGAUUCUUUCGAAACAGGAGAAAGAGGCUGUGAAGAUGGGCCUGCCCGUGUUCACGCAUCACAAAGCUGUUGGAGCUGCAGAAGCACCCAGCCAGAGGACGGAGGACGUGCAGCGGGCUGAAGACACGAACAGUGACAGAAACGGCGGUCACAAGAAAAGCAAAAAGGAGAAAAAGAGCAAAAAAGAAAAGAAUAAGGACAAAAAGAAGCAUCACCGACGGCAGUCGCCCUCAGGCCGCUCAGAUUCCGACGGCAACAGUAAAAACUGUGUGUGUGUACUGUGCUACAGACGCAGACAGGACCAUGGAGACCGCCGCGGUGCUAAUCCAUCACAUGGCAGCCAAAGUGGAGCCACUGCAUGUGACAGCCAUUCAGCUCAGAUGUCAAAGUUCAGGCAUAGAAGCCCCUCCCCUUAUUCUCGGGACCGCCUCCACCACAGGAGCUCCUCCCCUUCUCAGAGGGAGCACCCUCACCGGCGGCACGACACGGACACUUCACUGGACAGCGGGGGUCGUGGUCACGGUCGCCACGCCAAAAGAACGUCUGUUCCACAGAGCCACCGACAUCGACAUGACACCGACUCAGAUGACUGAUGCCACGAUCGCUACGCCUUCCUCCCUGUACUAGCCAAUCGGAGACUAGCUAGUCAGUGUCUCUGUGCCGGCGGGGUCAGUUUAGGCUGUUAGACAGACCAGUGUUUCAUGUUCUCUUAAUUCAACUCCAGACCUGGUUACCAAAGUUACCAUGGCUUUCCUCUGCCUGCUCAGGUGUAGUGUGGCACACCUGCUGUACCAGAGCAUGGGGUUCACGGUCCUCUGCUCACUAUAACCCUCAGUGAUGUGAAGACCAUACUGUAGUAGAUGCACCUUCAUGCGCAGGAUAGGCAGUGUACUGUGACCAGAACACCAUAUUCUUUAGAAGACGUUUUUAAUACUCCAAAAAGUUUUGGGUUUUUUUGCAUUCACAAUUACCAAAAAUGUAGUUUAUGGUAGUUUAACAACACGAAUGUGUGUGUUUCCUGGACGCCCUCUUUUCUGUAAGUGGCCCGUGAAAUAAACAUACUCUUUUUUUAAAA